AUGUGAUCAAAUCGAUAACCACAGGAGGCUGUGCUAUCACCAUUCUUUGUGGAGCCGCGCAGAACUCAUCCCGGAGACACUCGCUCUACACUAUAUCUUGCUAAGUAGAUUCUUCUUUUAGACUGGUAGCAUAGGUAUCUUCAUAUUGUCGCCAUGUUUCAAUCAUUAACCCUAACCCAAAGCCAGCAUCAACCCAACUCUUCGAACAACAGCCUACCUUGCGUCGGUUUACUGACACUUGUCUAUAAAACCAAGAUUGCCCCUUUGGUCACCAUAACAAUGCAGUUUAGGCCAGUUUCCUCUACUCCAAUUAUGCUCGGUAACGCAGAGGAAAGACCCAGCGAAAUCGCAAUACCUGUGCAGUCUCCGUAACCAUUCCAUGACUCUUCCUGUCUCAUAUCGUCUGCGCUUUAGACCAGUUGUGAAGUUCCGAAAAGUAUCAAACCAUACCAUCCCAU